AAUCUGAGAUAGGAAUGAAUAUGAUUGAUAAAUAGUUAAGAAGAUUAAAUAAUUAGCCAAAUUUAGGAAGAAGAUAGAGAAUAAUGAAAAAGGAUAUAAGAGAAGAAGUAUAUGUUGAUGAUUAUAAGUUAAGAAAGUAAGAAUGAAUUUAAUAAAAUGGAGUUUGAAGAAUGAUUUAAAUAUAAUUAAUGCUGAUUAUCAUAAAUACUUUAAAAUAAAAUUUCAAAUGAACUAUUAUGAAUCAGAUGAUUUCUAGGAUAGCGAGUAUAGAAUAUAAGAUGAUGAGGAUUAAAAUGAGUAUGAAGUAAUAUGGUAGAAUGAUAUGAUGAGAUAUGAGAAUGAAGAGGGAAAGUAUGAGUUAUUGUAAAGUGUUUGAUAGUAUAGAUUAAGUUGAAGAUGAAAAUGAAGAUGUAGAUGAGGAAGAUAUGAAUUAGAGUGAGAUGUAGAAGAUAUCUUCAACAUUAUGCAUGAGAGAAGUAGAAUCAGAUAGUUCAGAAGAGGAAUUCGAAUGUGAUGGAAAGUAAGUGUAUAUAAAUGAUAUAAUUUACAGUUUAUCAAGAACUUGUAAUUCAGGAACAUUGUAGAAGUCAAUAAAGAAGAAGAAAAGUAAUAACUAAGAACCUGUAUAAAUUUAAUUAUUGAUAGAGUUUGUUUAUAGAAGAGAAAGAUUAAGAAGUGGAGUGAAGAAGAGAACAAACGUUUAUAAGAGUUAUUUCAAAUAUACAAAGGAGAAUGGGAGAUUAUAUUGAAAUAUAUGGAGGGAAGGACAGUUUCAUAAUGUAAAUAACGUUGGUAGCGUUUGUGUGGGGGAUAGGAGAAGAAGAAGAAAUGGACAGAGGAAGAAGAUUAGAUAAUUUUAUCAUAUACAAAAGAGAAUCCAAAAUUUAACAGUUGGUAACAGAUUGCUUCAAGUAUAAAAUAAUAAUUAAAGAGAGGAAUGCAGGGUAGAAGUGGAAAGUAAAUAAGAGAGCAUUAUAUUAAUCAAUUACGUCCUGGAAUUAGUACUAAAUAGAUUUGGAGUGAAGUAGAGGAUAAAUUGUUAUUGCAGUUGUAUUAAAAAUAUGGUAGUAAAUGGUGUUAAAUAAAUAAACAUUUUUAGGGAAGAGCAGUAAUAUAUUUAUAUAGUUUAAUAAAGGAAAUAAUGUUGAAAAAUAGAUUUAAUAAAUUGUAGAAGGGAAACUCUUACAUUGAUCACUUUCUCAACAUAGAUGGUGAAUCAGAAAAAUAAUAAUAAUCUCACACAUUCUCUUUUAAUUGA